AGUGCCUUCCAUCGCUUAAAACAAAUGGCGGCAGUGAUAAAAAAAUUCAGUUCCUUCUGCCUACUGCUAGUUCUAUGGCCAUGGAUACCAACGACAACGACGACGACGACGACGGCAGCAGCCACAGCAAAUACUACUACCAUGGCGGCCAUGGGCGGUGUUGCCGUAAAGAAGGCCAAACCCAAUUGCGAGGACAAAUGCGGAGAAGUGGACGUCCCAUACCCCUUUGGAAUCCACAAAGGUUGUGCCAUCGAUAAUAAUGAUAGGUACUUCUUGCUCACAUGUAACCGCACCAGUUCUCCUCCGAAACUAAUAUAUGGAAUAAACAUCGAGGUUCGCAACAUCGAUCUCGAGAAUGCCACUAUGAGCGUUAUCAUAGAGAACUCCUACGACUGUUACGAGAACGGAGAGUCCUCUGGCAAUUCCGGCCAAAACAUAACAUUGAGUAGUUUCUUCACGUUCUCAAACACUGAGAACAAGCUCAUGGCCUUCGGCUGCGACACGCUGGCGUACAUGACCGACUACGAAAAAAGUUUCGGCAGUGGCUGCGUCUCGAUCUGCAGUAGUGAUGUGAACAUGUCGUCCCAAACCUCGUGUUCGGGCUUAGGCUGCUGCCAGACCUCUAUUCCCAAGCAUCUCGACACUCUGCUCAUAGGACUCCAGAGCUUCGACAACCACUCCGAGGUUCACUCGUUCAACCCUUGCGGGUAUGCGUUCUUGGCGGACCAGAGGACUUUCGACAUCUCCAAAACGAGGCUCGAUUUUUGGCCGAAAGAUGUAGAAAACUCUAGCGUUUUGCUGGAUUGGGUUGUGGGAAACGAGACGUGUGAGGAAGCUAAAUCGAAUGGAUCGUCCUAUGUGUGCGGUGACAAUACUGAUUGUUACUAUUCGGACAAUGGUCGAGGAUAUCUUUGCCGGUGUUCCAAAGGUUUUAAGGGAAAUCCUUAUCUCAAACAAGGCUGUGAAGACAUAGAUGAGUGCUUAGAGCCAGAGACAUACAAAUGCAGAGAAUGCAAAAACACAUUUGGAGGUUACAAGUGCAAGUGCCCACUUGGGAUGCAUGGCGAUGGAAAAGAUGGAAACUGUCAAGGAUUUAGAUUUACCACUUUUGCUACAGUUAUCGGAGCAAGCAUUUUUUCGGUGAUAAUAGCUAUACUUCUUUUCUACGACUACAAUAGGAGGAAAAGGGAAAAAAUAUUCAAACAAAACGGUGGUUUGGUGUUAAAGAACCAAAGAGUGAGAAUCUUCAGUAAAGCAGAGCUGGCCAAAGCAACCAAUAACUACAACCAAUCCAAUUUCCUCGGUCAAGGUGGCUUUGCUUCAGUUUAUAAGGGAGUUGUACAAAAUGAAACUAAAACCGAACUUGAAAAGGACGACAAGAACAAUACUUUACAAAUCAACCGCCAACAAUUCCAUGAAGAAAUUGCCAUCGUUUCCCAAGUCAACCACAAGAAUGUGGUCAAACUUUUGGGCUUAUGUCUCGAGGCCAAAGUCCCACUUUUGGUUUACGAAUUAGUACCAAAUGGAACCCUUUCCAAGCACAUCCACGCUAAGAGAUCUUUGUCAACUGAUAUGUUAAGGCCUUGGAGAACUCGACUACGUAUUGCAACAGAAACUGCUCUUGCCAUUGACUAUUUGCAUUCUUUGGCUCACCCUCCAAUCAUUCAUCGAGACAUUAAGUCGACCAACAUUCUCUUAGAUGAAAACUAUACUGCCAAAGUGUCUGAUUUUGGUGCCUCAGUUUUGAUACCUCCAGGGCAAAAUGGUAUAGCUACAACAGUUCAAGGGACUCUUGGCUACUUAGAUCCUGAAUACUUGACUACUGGUACACUGACUACAAAGAGUGAUGUUUAUAGCUUUGGUGUUGUUUUGAUGGAGCUAAUUACAGGAGAACGACCAAUGUCAAAUGGAGUUAUUAGGAGUGGAGCUAAAAGGAAUAUUAUUCAGUACUUUGUUUCGACGCUAAGAGAGAACAAGGGUGAGAAAUGCGUGGAGAAGAUAGUGGAUCCUAAGGUUGUUUACGAUGAAAAUCACGAAAGGGAGAUAGAGAUAGUUGCUAUGCUCGCAAUGAAAUGCUUGGAAGUACAUGGUGAAAAAAGACCAUCCAUGAAAGAAGUGGCAGAAGAGCUUUUGGGGCUUAACAAGCUCUACAAGAAUAAUAAUGCUCAACGAGGUAAUGGAGAAGAGACAGAACAAUUACUCAGUGUUGAUCAUAAUGAUCAGUCAUUGUUUUCCAUCAGCCAUUCCAAUAUUGAGAAUGAUCAAGUCGUCGAGUAUACCACAUUUGAUAUAUCGGGAUAUAACGUCGAAUCAUCAAUUUCUCUCAACUAAUACAAAGUCAUGUUGCUGCUAUCCCACAAAGUCUUUCUUACAAACUAAAGUCUCGUUUGUACUAUUUACUUUGUAUUUACACAAAAUGUUCUGACACUGUAUUUUAUAAUAAAUGUAU